CACAGGAAGUCUCUAACCUGCUGACACUUCCUCUCCGAGACUCCGCGGUUUCACAACCCCUUCAACCCCUCCUUCACCACCACCCAGUGGUAUCAGCUGGCGCCUCUGUGAGAAAAGUUCCACUUCAAGACGCCCCAAAGCAUUAUCAUUUCCUUCUCUCGCCCCAUCUCGGUUGCCAGCAAUCCCCAGGGUCCUCUGAGACCCGCCUGCUUCAAAGAUGAACUGGUUCAUCGCUGUAGCGAGGCUGCUGCUGCCUGGGCCUUUUCUCCUGGCCCCGGCCUCCGCCUACAACCUGGACGUGCGGCACGUGCAAAACUUGUCCUUCCCACUCGCCGGGAGGCACUUUGGGUACCGCGUCCUGCAGGUUGGAAACGGGGUUGUUGUGGGAGCGCCGGGUGAGGGGAGCAGCCCAGGAAACCUCUACCAGUGCCAGCCAGACACUGGCCACUGCCUGCCAGUGGGCCUGAGCGGUUCCAACUACACCUCUCAGUACUUGGGAAUGACCUUGGCGACAGACCCCACAAAUGGAAACAUGCUGGCCUGCGACCCCGGGCUGUCUCGGACAUGUGACCAGAAUAUCUACCUAAGUGGCCAGUGUUACCUCUUCCCCCAGAACCUGAAGGGUCCUGUGCUGCAAGGGCGCCCUGGCUACCAGGAGUGUCUAAAGGGCAACGUAGACCUGGUAUUCCUGUUUGAUGGCUCAGGGAGCUUGCAACCAAGUGAAUUUCAGAAAAUUCUGGCCUUCAUGAAGGAUGUGAUGAAGAAACUCAGCAAUUCUUCCUACCAGUUUGCUGCUGUUCAGUUUUCCACGACCUACAAAACAGAAUUUACUUUCUUGGAUUAUGUUAAUCAGAAGAACCCUGAUGUGCUGCUGGGCAAAGCACAACACAUGAAGCAGCUGACCAACACCUUCGGUGCCAUAAGAUAUGUCGCGACCCAGGUCUUCCGGGAGGAACUUGGGGCGCGGCCAGAUGCCAGCAAAGUGCUUAUCAUCAUCACGGACGGGGAAGCCACUGACAUUGGCGACAUUAGUGUGGCCAAUGACAUCAUCCGCUACAUCAUUGGGAUCGGGAAGCAUUUUGUGAGCAAGAAAAAUCAGGAUUCACUUCACAAAUUUGCUUCAAAACCGGUGGAAGAGUUUGUGAAGAUUCUGGACACGUUUGAGAAGCUUAAAGACCUGUUCACGGAGCUGCAGAAGAAGAUCUAUGCCAUCGAGGGCACAAACAAGCAGGACCUGACGUCCUUCAACAUGGAGCUGUCCUCCAGCGGGAUCAGCGCGGACCUCCGCGGGGACCAUGGCGUCGUGGGGGCGGUCGGCGCCAAGGACUGGGCCGGGGGCUUCCUGGACCUGCAGGCCGACCUGCGGGGCGACACCUUUGUUGGCAACGACCCGCUGACCCCGGAGGCGAGAGCCGGAUACCUGGGUUACACAGUGACCUGGCUGCCCUCCCGGGGUCUCACGGCACUGCUGGCCGCUGGAGCCCCCCGAUACCAGCAUGUGGGGCGGGUGCUGCUCUUCCAACAGUCGGGGGACAAAAGACAGUGGAGCCAGAUCCAGAGAAUAGACGGGACCCAGGUCGGCUCUUACUUCGGUGGCGAGCUGUGUGGCAUUGACGUGAACCGAGAUGGGGAGGCGGAGCUGCUGCUGAUUGGAGCGCCCCUGUUCUACGGGGAGCAGAGGGGCGGCCGGGUGUUUGUCUCCGAGAGGAAGCAGCUGGGGUUCGAGGUGGUCUCGGAGCUGCAGGGGGAUCCUGGCUACCCCCUUGGGCGAUUCGGAGCGGCCAUCACUGGCCUGGCAGACAUCAACGGCGACGGGCUGACGGACGUGGCGGUGGGCGCCCCUCUGGAGGAGUGGGGGGCUGUGUACAUCUUCAAUGGGCAACCCGGUGGGCUGAGCCCCCGGCCGAGUCAGCGGAUAGAAGGGACCCAGGUGUUCCCAGGAAUUCGAUGGUUCGGACGCUCCAUCCACGGGGUGAAGGACCUGGGAGGGGACGGCCUGGCAGACGUGGCUGUGGGCGCCGAGGGGCAGGUGAUCGUGCUGAGCUCCCGGCCUGUGGUGGAUGUCGUCACUCAGAUGUCCUUCGCCCCCACCGAGAUCCCGGUGCACGAAGUCGAGUGCUCCCAGUCAGCCGGCAGCAAGAAGAAGGAAGGCGUUAACAUCACAGUCUGUUUCCAGGGCAAGCCCCUCAUGCCCCAGUUCCAAGGACUCCUGGUUACCAACCUCACUUACACUCUGCAGCUGGACGGCCAUCGGAUUCGAAGCCGGGGGUUGUUUCCAGGAGGGAGGCGUGAACUCAACGGGAACAUAGCCGUGACCCAAGUCGAGUCCUGCAUUCCGUUCUGGUUCCACUUCCCGGUAUGCAUUCAGGACCUCAUCUCUCCCAUCAAUGUCUCCCUGAACUUCUCUCUCUGGGAGGAAGAAGGGACACCGAGAGACCAAAGGGCGCAGGGCAAGGACAUCCGGCCCAUCCUGAGACCCGCCCCCCACUCAGAGACCAAGGAGAUCCCUUUUGAGAAGAACUGCGGAGAGGACAAGAAAUGCGAGGCAGACCUGGGGCUGUCCUUCUCCCCUGCAAGAUCCAGGGUCCUGCGGCUGACCCCCUCUGCCAGCCUCGCCGUGGAGCUGACCCUGAGCAACUCGGGCGAAGAUGCAUACUGGGUCCAGCUCAGCCUGGGUUUCCCCCGGGGACUCUCCUUCAGGAAAGUGGAGAUGCUCAAGCCCCACAGCCAGCUUCCUCUGAGCUGCGAGGAGCUCCCCGAGCAGCCCCGGCUCCUGCCCAGAGGCCUCUCCUGCAACGUGAGCUCUCCCAUCUUUAGAGCAGGCAGCUCGGUGGUCAUCCAGGUGAUGUUUCACACGGUGCUGAACAGCUCCUGGGGGGACUCCGUGGAGCUGCACGCCAACGUGAGCUGUGCCAACGAGGACCCGGGCCUCCUGGAGGACAACUCAGCCACCACCAGCGUCCCCGUCCUGUACCCCAUCAACAUCCUCACUGAAAGCCAGGACAACUCCACACUCUACAUAAGCUUCACCCCCAAGGGGGCCAAGGUCCACCAUGUCCAGCACACCUACCAGGUGAAGAUUCAGCCGUUUGCCCAUGACCCCAACGUGCCCGCCCUGGAGGCCUUGAUUGGGGUGCCAGUGCCUCAGAGUGAGGGGCCCAUCACUCACACGUGGGCUGUGCAGAUGGAGCCUCCUGUCCACUGUCACAAUGAGAGCCUGGAAAGGCCACCCAACGCGGCUGAGCAGCCUUGCUUGCCUGGAGCCCAGUUCCGCUGCCCAGUGGUCUUCCAGCGGGAGAUCCUCGUCCGAGUGACCGGGACUGUGGAGCUGGUGGGGGAGAUCAAGGCCUCCUCCAUGACCAGCCUCUGCAGCUCCCUCUCCGUCUCCUUCAACAGCAGCAAGCACUUCCAUCUCUACGGCAGCAACGCCUCCCUGGCCCAGGCCAUCCUGAAGGUUGAAGUCGUGUAUGAGAAGGACAUGCUCUAUCUCUACGUGCUCAGCGGCACCGGGGGGCUGCUGCUGCUGCUGCUCAUCUUCCUGGCGCUCUACAAGGUCGGCUUCUUCAAACGGAACCUGAAGGAGAGGAUGGAGGCCGCCGACGCCGCCAAUGGCAUCCCUGGAGAAGGCCCUGGGCAGGUGGCGUCGGCGGAAGAGGCCACGGACCCGAGCAGCGUGGAUCUCCUCCCCAAGGAGGAGGCCCUGGACGGAGGCGGCACGGACUGAGGCCCAGGCCUGACGCAGGGGGCCCGGGGCUGGACUUGGGGUGCUGGUGCCACUCUGCUCUACCUGCAUGUCACUCCGUGUCCUCUAGCCCAGCAGUCGCCAACCUUUCGGACCUCGCGGACCCCCAGUGGUCCGGACCACUGGUUGGCGACCCCGCUGUAGCCAGUCUGCCCCUCCCUAGGCUCCCGGCUUUCAGUCUUGAACAUGGAGCUCACUCCCGCUUGCCUCCAAGGGUCGGGCCAGGAAGGCUGCCACGGUGAGGCCUUGUGGGUACCAGCUCGUCCUGGCUUCUAACAGCCCCUCGUAGCAUCCUCCCUGGAAGAGAGCGUCUGAUCUAAAUUUGGAGAAACUAGUCCCGGGAUCCAGUGACCCUCCCAGCCCUCACACCCACCUGCCGCGGGGGCCCGCGGAGGCCUCAGGCGCCCAGAGCCUUGCCCCGCUCUCCCCUGCACGGUCCGGCCUCCAUUCUGCCGCCAGCGAGCAGAUCUGAUCUGUGUCACCGCUUCUGCUGCAAACCCUUGCUCUGUAGCUAGAGACCAAGUUCCUUAAUGUGCCUUCCAAACCCGCAAAACAGCCUCACUGUGCCCAUGCCACAGGCCUUCCUGGCCUCUGGUACAGCCCUCCCACCGCCCCGCGAAGCUCCCGUUACACAGGCGUUUCUCGCUCGCCGCCUUCACCCAGGCUGCUCUCUGCCCGGACGUCCUCCCCCUCUUCCUGGCUGACUCUCCUCAGUCUUCAGAUCUCAUCGCUCACAUCGACCCCCAGGGCAGCCCGCCCCCGACUCACCUGGGCUCCCGUAUCACCGCCCUUACACUCGCCUGCAACUGUCCGUCCCAGCAGGGAUCCUGUUUGUUCAUUGUGAGAUGAUUUAUUUCAUCUCCGUGUCUCAAAUCCCACAGUGAGCUCCAUGGGUAGGGACCGUGCCUUGGCAUCCCUGAUGAUGUCACAGAGCCAGACGCGUAGUCGGUGCUUGACACAGUGUCACUCCAUUAAUGACGGGGCCGGAGGGGAGAUAGAGGAAAGCGUGUGGAUGGGCCGUGGCAUCCCUUCUGAAGGCUCAGUCUUCCACCGGCGCCUCCUCCACAGUCCCCGCCCGGACUCGCCCACACCCCCACCGGCCUCCCCUGCGAGACUCUGAGCUCAGGGGUGGGCCCUGGCUCCCAGCACCAAUAAAUGGGAAAGUCUGUCCAAUUCUGUGAUGUUUCUGU